GUUGUUGUUGUGACGUAAUGCUGACGUCACUUCACCUUUCCCUACCAGGAAGUGAUUGGGACACAGACACAGACACACACACACACACCCAGAGGAAACUGAAACUCAUUUCCACACUUCAGGAAGCCUGAGGUUUUGAAAUGAAGAUUGGUGGGAAGAUUCUGGCGUAUUUUGAAUCGUGCAGCUCACCUGUGGACAAGGAGGGGAUCCUGUUCAAGAAGGGUGAGAUAAAGACUUCCUAUCAGAAGCGCUGGUGCGUGCUGAAGGGGAACCUCCUCUUCUACAAGGACCGGGCGGCCGACCGCGACCUGAUAGGAGUGAUUGUGCUCGAGGGCUGCACCAUCCAGCUGUGCGAGUCCGAGGAGCAGUUCGCCUUCUCGCUGGUGUGGAGCGAGCCGGGACUGCGGACGUACAAGUUCGCUGCCGAGGACCAGGCCAGCCAGGAGAGCUGGAUCAAAGCCCUGCUGUCGGCCAACCACAGCUACCUGGCGCUCCUCGUCAUGGACCUGGAGAAUAAGUACAGAGAUCUAUUAGCCGAGUUACCCGGCGAACCAGCAAACCCUUUCACGAUGCCAAAUUUCAGCCCAACAGAGGCCGGAUACUCAGCAGCCUAUCAGAGCAGACAACCCUCAACGCCGCCCUCGUUCGCAGCACCAGCCGUGGUGGCAGUACCCGGGCUGAGCUCCGGUCCGAUGCUUCAAACUCCGACCGUUUCGUCCAAAACAGCCUGUAAGAGAUCACCCAAACUCUGGUCGAAGAGGAACGCCAACGUGGUGCCGAUUAACGCCCCUGCUCCGCCGAUGGGGGAGUGGUCAGCGAUGUGCUUGGAGGAAUUCAGUAAACUACACGAAGAUUUUGGAAGAGAAGUCAAAGAACUGAUUGUUAAUUGGUCAAAACGAGGACAAGGAGGUGAAGACGUUCAGGAAGAGAACUUGAUCGAUUUUGGAUAAAUUGAUGAAUGUGAUGGGUCUAAACUUAAAUUUCCGUAUCCAUGGUAACAUUGCAAAGGACCAAUGUAAAUAGGUUUUACAAAUAUGAAAAAUAUUUUUAAGAUAUAGUUUUUUUUACGAUGUGAUAGAGUCAAUAAAUGUGACCUGCUUCACUACUGACAGUGACGUGGAUUUACACACACACACACACACACACACACACACACACUCACACUCACACUCACACUCACACACCAUACAUUUUUAUAAAGAGACAAACACCAACUGCAGUUGUGACCUGAUUUAUCUUUAUCUGAUUUACUGGGAUAAACUCUGCUAAUCUGCAUUUUCCAUUAUUGCCCUUGAGAAGUAGUCAUGGAAAUAAAUUGUCUUCUAAAACCUUUUAA